GUCCGGGAAAUGAGGCGAACACAACCCGCCAGUUGAUAGCAAUGGAGUCUCUUGGCUGGAGGUGUAAUUGCUGCCACUCCCCCUUCGCUCGCUCCCUCCUCCUCCGAAUCCGCAAGAAAUCCUUCCUCCUCCUCGUGUGCGGCGGAUUCCUGCUAAUCCGCCUUUGGCUCAGCGUCCCGAGCGGAUUCAGAAAGAGAUACCUCGAAGAUUGGCUAAACGAAGGUGACGAGGGAUUCGGAGAGGAGAGUCAUGACGUCACUCAACGGCUUCUGGACAGGAAGGAGAACCUGUUGCGAAAAUGCAGCGAGAUCGAAGACAAGCUGGGGGACGGGAGGACGGAGAGCCCCUUCAACAGCAUGGCGAGGGCGGCGCUGCUGUAUAACGUUGAGCACAAACUGAUGGUCUGUGUGGUUGGAAAGGCCGGGGCGAGCACGUGGAGGAGGCAUAUGCUAGCCCUCCUGGGGAUCGACGAGGGGCACAGGCCGCGCGCCGUGAAAAACACAGACCUUAUCGACGCCAAGAGAGUGAUUUGGCCUCCGCGAUAUGAAGACGUCCUGGAGAAUCCUCACACCACGUGGAUCAUGAACACGAGCACCCGCUGGAGCCGCCUCGUGUCCAGCUACAGGGGUAAAUUCGUGGACGGGAAGGGCGGAAAGAAGACAGGUUGUAAGUAAAAGGAACGAGUACGUGAAGUGGGCGAAGGUGGAGAGAGACAAGGCUUAUGUCAACGGCAGCGUAACCUUCCUUGAGUUCCUGGAAGCUGUCAUAUUGGAUAACGAGAGGAACGGCAGGGCGGGCAUGGUCAGCUACCUGCAGCCGAGCGCCACGACCUGCAGCCCCUGCGCCCUUCCCUACGACUACAUCAUCCGCACUGACACAUUCGCCGAAGACCUGGCUUGCAUCGCCACCAACUUACAGCUGGAAGGGAUCGACCCCGAACUGAACCACAAGUCGGACGGGUCACGUUCUGCGACGUUUGGGGACUAUUAUGAGGGUAUUCCUUACGAGAUGCUGAGGGAAAUCUUCUUCCUUUACGAGGAGGACUUCUUUCUCUUCGGGUUCGACUUGCCGCCUUUCUUGCUGGAGGCUUUGCGUGAGUGGUGAAAGUGUGAAGGUGUAAAGCCAUGUAAUGUGUCUGUAAAUUUCAUAAUCAAUUUGUUUCAUUGUGUUUCCUGUUUUGUUACGAAAUAUAUUGAGAUUGCAA